UGGGGUGGCGUGUCUGGUGACAUUUCUCCAACGGUCAACAAUAUCCCUCCAUUGGAAUGUAUGCAAUUUUAUAUACGCAGAGACGGCCAAACGUUACAUCAGAGCCCACCAUCUUCUACUCAGGCCGGUCUUCUUCCGUUUCUUGCCUUCUUUUGAUUCUUCUCUCACAAAACAAUCCAACCAAAUAUGGUCUAAGGUUCUCUCCUCCAACUCUCAGUAGCCUUUAUUUCAGGUCUUUGGCGCUUUGACUUCUUGGGUUUACAUUAUAGUCCUUGAAACAACUGGGUUUAAUGUAUUUGUCAGUUCGGUGAUCUAGAUCUCAAAAUUUCAGUCGGAUUUGGAAGUGAUUUUGGGAAAUUGAGGUCACACUUUCAACAUUUAGCCCAAAGUUAACAAGGUUUUGACUUUCAGAUACUUUUCUAUCUGGGUCCAUCUCCUAUGCCAAUCUGAUGAACUGGGUUUAAAGACUUUGGUUGUCUUUGGAGGUGAUUGCGGCAUUUACUAUUUAGGGCAGUUUAUGAUCCAAAACUGAUGUAUCGGUGGGUUCUGAACUUUCAUUCUAUUUCCAUCUAGGUUUUUCUUCUUUAUCAGUUUUGUAAAUUUGGCACGUAAUACAUUUGUUGAUAUGUGAGGUGCCUGUGGAUUGUUCUUUCAUGUUUCUACAACUCUUAGUUAUUAUUGCUUAGUGGUGACUUGAUGACUUCAGCUAUGCUUCCAUUAUCUUUGAAUUUUGAAAGAUGGAAGUUAGGUGCAUUAAUUUAUUGAGAAUGGCAGUGAUUGUGUUGAUUCUGUUGUUGCUCGUCCAAUUUCCAAGAAUCUCUGCCUUUGGGAUGUUAAUACAGUCAAAGGGCUGUGAUAAUGAUCCUAUUAGCUAUUCAGCCUAUUCAAGCAACUCUGGUCAUGAGUUCUUUUACAUUAAUGGGAAAUUAGUAGACAGAUCUCUCUUUUGCGAGUCCCUCAAAUUCUAUCAUGCAAAUCAUUGCUUCAUCACGGAAAACGUCAGAAUUCGUUACUGUGGACUGGAUCAUUCACUAGAUGAAUUAACUCUAAAGUCAGGAAGGAAAUUUUUGCAGAAGGUGGUUAGAGAAGAAUCCACAAAACAUGAUUCUAAUCAGAUAAGUCACAGUGAAGACAGAGAUGCUCACAAAUCUCCGUUAACCACAAAAAAGUUGGCUAUUGCAUUGCCAGGAAUUUUUGUUCUGUGUUGUAGUUUACUUUGCCCUUGCUUUCGUACAAAAAGAAAAGAUGAAGCCCAUAUUCUUGCAAAGGACCCAAGUUCAAUGGAUUCAAUUUCAUCUGUUGAAAUGAAUUCUGUUUCUGAAAAGAUUCCAGGCAGUCCAUUACGAGUACCACCCAGUCCUUCAAGGUUCUCUAUGUCCCCUAAACUUAGUAGACUUGGAUCAAUUCAUCUCAAUAUGAGUCAGGUUGCUAGAGCCACCCAAAAUUUUUCACCAUCAAUGAAGAUAGGUGAAGGAGGAUUUGGAACUGUCUACAAGGCCCAGCUACAAGAUGGCCAGGUGGUUGCGAUAAAACGAGCAAAGAAAGAAUACUUUGAAACUCUAAGAACUGAAUUCAGCAGUGAAGUUGAACUUCUGGCCAAAAUUGAUCAUCGAAAUCUGGUGAAACUGCUAGGUUAUGUUGAUAAGGGGAAUGAACGCCUCAUUAUUACGGAGUAUGUGCCGAACGGGACUCUCAGAGAACAUCUGGAUGGUUUGCAGGGUAAAAUCUUGGAUUUUAAUCAGAGACUUGAAAUCUCCAUUGAUGUUGCUCACGGCCUAACUUAUCUCCAUCUCUAUGCAGAAAAGCAAAUUAUACACCGAGAUGUGAAGUCGUCCAAUAUUCUUCUUACAGAAAGCAUGCGAGCUAAAGUGGCUGAUUUUGGGUUUGCUAGGCUUGGUUCAGUGGACUCUGAAAAAACACAUAUUUCAACCAAAGUGAAAGGGACAGUCGGUUACCUUGACCCGGAGUACAUGAGGACCUAUCAACUCACCCCCAAGAGCGAUGUAUACUCAUUUGGGAUUUUAUUAAUAGAAAUUCUUACAGGCCGCCGUCCUGUAGAAUUAAGGAGACCUCCCGAUGAGAGGGUGACACUUCGAUGGGCCUUCAACAAGUACAAUCAAGGAAAUGUUAUGGAGAUGGUGGACCCUUUAAUGCAGGAAGUGGUAGAUGAGGAAGUACUUCUGAAAAUGUUUGGUUUGGCAAUACAGUGUGCAGCGCCCACGCGAACUGAUCGUCCAGACAUGAAGUCAGUAGGAGAGCAGCUGUGGGGAAUCAGGAUGGAUUACAUUAGGAGUGGCAGGAGAGGAUAAUAAGUGACACUAUGUUUUUAAAGGAAUUUCAUCUUCUUCUUUUCUAUAUAUAUAUAUUUUUUUUUCACUCAGUAAAUAACUUGGUCAUAUCUUCCUUUGUUCCAAUCUUCAUUCUUAAUGAGAUGCUUGUUUGUUUGUUUUUUUGUUUUUUUUUGUUUUUUUUUUUUAAACUUCAUGUAACAUUUUAACAGGAGAGAAGCCAUAUUUUUACUUUUUUGAUGA